AUGUCGAAACAAGACAGGCCUUCAAGAAAGCGACACGACUCGGUGGCCGACCCGGGAAAGAGCAAGAAAGGCGAGGACGACAGCGGCCUCGGCACUAGCAAGUCCAGAACACGCUCAUCGGGUACGGCAACCGGAGCAGUGCCCAAAUCUCCUGCAGCUGUGCCCAGUCGACCGCCGACAAGGCAAAGUCGCGCCAAGUCGACGCCGUCGCCCAAGGCGCCCGGGACACCCGUCAAAUCUGCCCUGAAGCGAGCGGUGGGCUCGUGUUUUCGAAGCCCCUCUCCCAAGCCACCUUCUAUGGGGGCGUCUCCUACGAAAGUUGCUGCUAGAACAGCGGAGUGGGCCAUAGAGCAGAGCGAAGCGACCGCGAAAACAGUGGUCCAGGGGCCGUCCGGCCCCGUGCUUCGAGUGUACCACGAGCCAAAGUUGCACAAAUUCGACAACAGAGGGGAGGUUCUCGAGGUGUUCCCACCUGAAGUGCUGGAGAAGGAGGGAAUACCCAAAAAGGCCCCGUUAGCCGUGGCGGAAGACGUUAGCUCUCCGACCAUCGAUGCUCCGGACAGUCCGAUUCCUUCGACAUCGUUCACCGUGCAGGCUACAAUCGAGGAGCCACCGUCUUCAGAUCCAUCACAGUCGCCGCAAGAAAGGCGGUACCCUCGCCGGCAGCCAGCCAAAAAGAAAGGUGAAGCAUCGCCUCCCAAAGACGAGUCGAAACCACCAGAAAAAUGA